UCGUCACUUUUGUAGGUCAAAACAUUGAGGUCGCCACCCUCCUUUCGAGUAUGAAGAAGUUCAAAUGAAGAACAUGAAGAAGUCUAGCAAAAUCAAGAGAGGUAGACCCAAGCUGAGCCUGCAAACAGGCUCUUCUCGGCAACUUACUAUCAACCAUUGCUUUGGUGGACAGGCAAUUCCCCAUCAGUCUACUGUCACUGACUUCUUCAAAGUAAAUAAUGAGGCUCAAGUGUAUGAAGAAGUUCAGUUGCCUUCAAGUAGUUAUCAAAAUCAUUCCCCAGUCAUUGUCAAGAAUGAGCAGACACUCAAGCAAUUGGACAAUGCGACUCUUGUGCACAACUCAUUUGUCACUAGAAAAAUCCAAUGCAAUCAUUCUGAAGAUCUCGAAUUGAGGAGAGAUGAAAGCUCAAGAAAGCAGCCAUUAAGCUUGAAAGUUAGGAAAAGAAAGUAUCGCACAAUUGUUUCUCCAGAAAAAAAAAGCACCACCAAGUGUGACUUAUCAAGUAUCUCGACGACUUUCAAGCAAGAUGGGCUGAGUGAUAGUGAAAUCAAUCUUUUAUCCAUGUAUAGCGGCUAUUCAUGCACUCCUGAUAGCGGUCAUAAUCACAAACAAGUUUGUCCCUCUGAUCUAAGCAGUUUUGAGAAGAAGGCCCACAUCGUCAGCCCAAUUCCUGAAAGCACUCAUCCUUUAAAUAUUCAUCAAACUACUUCAGAAUUGUCAACUCCCGUCAAACCAUCAAACCUAAAUCCAUUACCAGUGUCUCCUACUUUCUCCCCGCGUAAAAACUCUCUUAAGCGUUUCAGUCCAUUUCUUGAAUCGAAAGACAGAAGUUUACAGUUAGACACAAGUGCUCUCUUAUUUUCCACUCCUGAUGACUCCAACCUAAGCUCUGUGAAACAAACGCCUGUUUUUUCCAGAAGAAAAGUUCUUUUUCCUAAAACCAAGACAGAUUCACAAGAUGAUUCGAGUGAUGUUAAAAAAGAAUCCGAUUUUGGGCUAUUGGAGGAUAUCAAUUUAUCAGAUUUGUUAGAUGAAUCUGAUUUGUCAAAUUGGAGCUCUUCGCUUACUGGACAAUCAGAAUCCCCUAGUCUAUGUCGUUACCUUGUCUUGGAAAAAGUUUCACAGAUGAGCUUCAAUUUAGAAAGACCAAAGCCAGAGAUCAUGCUUAGACUGUUUGAAGAGAAAACUAACAUUGAGGACGUUUGCUUCUUACGAGAUGAUUGGCUCACCACUGAUGUUCAGCCUGGGGAUAUAAUUCAACUGAAUGCGGAGUAUGAUAAGAGCAGCUCCUGCUUCAUGAUUGACAACACCUCUCAUUUCAGCAGCAUUGUGGUUAACCCUGACACGCUCAUCAGUGGUACUAGUGUGGCCAACAGUGUUACUUGUGUGAGAAGGGCUGUGCUUUCUGAGAAGUUCAAGAGUCAAAGAUCCACUGGUAGUGAAGCAAUGCUGAUUGGGCAGCUGCUGCAUGAAGUGUUUCAACACGUGCUGCUGAGAAGAAAAGAGGUAGGACCAAGUCUCUCAGAGGCCAAACUAAGCGAUGUGGUGAUACAAGAGAUAAGGAAAGUGCUCAUGUCCAUUGACACUCUAGACCAACUCUUCUGUCUGGAAAUGUCUGAAACUAGUGCACAUGAAAUUUUGACCAAGUAUACUCCGGCCAUAGUGGAAUGGUGUGACAAGUACAUGCACAGUGAACCAGUUGAAGGACAUGGAAACAUUGACCAUAAAAUGCCGGGUUCUGAGGGUGGUAACAUCAGUUGUGUGGCCAUUACGGACAUACAGGACAUUGAAGAAAACAUAUGGUCACCAAGGUAUGGUUUGAAAGGGAAGGUGGAUGUGUCUGUUACCAUUAAAGAGAGAAGGAAAUCUCUUACUACGGAGACAACCCGAGUACCUCUAGAGCUGAAGACAGGAAAAAUGUUCAGGACUCAAGGGACAAUCCAGCACAGAGCACAGGUGGCUCUCUACACUCUGAUGCUCAGUGACCGAUACUCCGCCCAUCCCACCGGGGGGCUGCUCUACUACAUGAAGACUGGCCACAUGCAGGGUCUACCAUCACUGCCUCACGAAAUACGGGGUCUCAUAAAUGCUCGAAACCACCUGUCACGUUACCACACCACCUCUGGUGACUACAUGGAUAUGCCUGGGCUAUUGAAGGAUAAGCACACUUGCAAGUACUGCCCCUGCCUCAAAGAGUGCAUGCUUUACCACAGCACAUUAGAGCAAGGAGAUGAGCUAAGCAGUGGAGUAGGAGAGUUAUUCACUGAGCAAAUAAGUCACCUCUCCCCCAGUCACUUAGACUUCUUUGUUAAGUGGUAUGGCCUCGUUGCACUGGAAGAGGCUCACAGCAAGGCCAAAGAUAGCACCCCGCUCUGGCUCACUGACCCACUGGAAAGCGAAAAAGAGGGUUGUUGCCAUGCCAACUUGACAGCCAAUCCGGCAGAUAUGUCGUGUCCACUGAGCAGACAGAUUCAGGUUUUUACCCAAGCAUCCUGCACACAGCUUGGUGAGAGGCGUAGUGAAAGUGUAUUGACCAUCAAUGACAGGGUGGUCAUCAGCAGACAGGAUGGGAGAGGGUGGGCCCUCACCAUGGGAACCAUCACUAGACCAAUGUGUGCUGGGGAUAUGGAGGUGUUGGUGGAUAAGGCAGUAUCUGCAAGUUUUCUCUACCGUAUUGACGCUGCUCCGUCUUAUGGGGGAGGAGUUAUGGCAGGAAGUUUGGCUGACUUUUGUACUUCAGAUUCCGAGAGAGAUCAGCGCUUGAGAAACCUGAUAAUCAAUCUUGAACCUCCAAGCUGCAAUGUUCAGCAGUCGGUUAAGAUGGACUUCUCAAACGAAGUGCAAGAAAUAUUGUCUACACUCAACUUGAGUCAGAAGAAAGCCAUUUUCAAGGUACUCAGCUCACAGGACUUUGCUCUCAUUCUGGGAAUGCCUGGUACCGGUAAGACCACAACCAUCACUUCUCUUGUGAGGCUUCUUGUUAUUCUGGGGAAAAGUGUGCUGCUCACUAGCUACACACAUUCAGCAGUGGACAACAUACUCUUGAAACUCAAAACAAAUAAUGUUCAGUUUCUCCGCUUGGGCCGUCUGUCCCGAGUUCAUCCUGAAAUACACGAUUUCACUCCCUCUAACCUGUGUGGACAUGCAACCACAGUGCAAGAGCUAGAACAACUGUACCUAAAUACCCCAGUUGUUGCCACAACAUGUCUUGGAGUCAAGCAUCCACUGUUUGCAAGGCGUUCUUUUGAUGUAUGCAUCAUUGAUGAAGCAUCUCAAAUUACCCUGCCUGUGAGUCUAGGCCCACUACGGUAUGCCAGUAUGUUUGUGCUGGUUGGUGAUCAUUACCAGCUACCUCCACUGGUGCAAAGUCAGCAAGCAAGAGAGGGCGGUCUGGAUGUGAGCCUGUUUCGGUACUUGAGUGAGCACCAUCCAUCAGCAUUGGUGUCCUUGGAACUGCAGUACAGAAUGAACAGCGAAAUAAUGAGUCUGUCCAACAAGCUCAUCUACAGUGACAGCUUGAAGUGUGGCACAGAAGAAGUGGCACAAGGAAGACUGCAUCUCCCUCAUUUAGAGACUCACUCGUUUCCCUCUAGUGACUGCUCUUCGUGUGAGAGGCUGCUAAGUUGCAGCUGGUUAAGAGAGGUGGUUGACCCCUGUAGACCAAUUCUGUUUGUGAACACUGACAAUUGCUCCAAUGGUCAAGAGUCUAUAGUCGGGGACCAUGUUUGCAAUGUCUUGGAAGCUGAGCUGGUGGCAAGUGUCGUUGAAGUAAUGUUGCAGCUUGGUCUGUCUCCAGACAGGAUUGGGGUGAUCACACCAAUGCGAUAUCAACAAACUCUCAUACAACACAAUGUCACAUCUUUAACGAGCCGGGGCAAUCUCACUGAUCUCAAGGCAAUAGAAGUGAAUACCAUUGACAAGUACCAAGGCAGAGAUAAAGAAUGCAUUAUCCUUUCGUUUGUAAGGAGCAACUCUAAGGGAAAUACUGGUCAAUUGCUGAAGGACUGGCGACGUAUGAAUGUGGCCAUAACUCGAGCCAAGCAUAAACUCAUACUAGUUGGUUCUGUUAGCACUCUUAAACGGACUCCAUUGCUUGAAUGCAUGCUAAAUCAUCUAGUGGAACGCAAGUGCUUAGUUCAUCCUUGAAUCAUUUCUAUCUAGUCUAUGAAAUGUGUGUGAGUGAGCUGCAGUGACUUCUAUAAAAAUUAUUGCCUCACCUCA